AUGUUUCACAACAAACAUCCUCCGAAGACUGUCGAAGCGGCACUUUUAGACAGGGUCUCGGAAAAUCAGAGAUCGGCCACUAUGCAGAAUGACGAACAGGAGGACAGUGAAAAGAAGAAAGCUAAAGCUAAUCGAGCCGGUGGCGUAGUACAAGCACAGGCUACCCGCAACACCCGCCGCAAGCGGAAGCGUGAUGAUGUCGACAUCGACUUCGAGCAUGACUCCAACAAGGAGAAUCAUAUCUCUUCGUAUCGUGCGCCCAAGCAGCCGUUUCCGCCUGGUGCUCCCACUAAGCGCAUCUGUCGCGAGAAAACGGGCACCGAAUGGCAGUCAGUCCUUGAUAUUACCAAAUACGGAGAGGAGCUUCUGCUCUCGAACCAGAAAUAG